AUGGCCUACUCCAUUUCAACCCAGAACUUUGUUGCACUUUCAGAUCUGCAUCCAAAUCUGACUCGCCCUAGUAUAAUCGGUGUAGUUAUUGGGAAAACAGAUGUCAAAGGUUUUCCAGACCGAAAAAACAUUGGAUCUGAGAGAUACACUUUCAGUUUUACCAUUCGAGAUUCACCAGCUUACUUUAUAAAUGUAAAUUCUUGGGGCAGAGAGGAGUAUGUUAGGUCACUUUCAGAAAGUUUUAGAGUAGGUGAUUGUGUGACAAUUGAAAAUCCUUUAGUACAAACAAAGGAGCUAGAAAAGGAAGAAAAAUUCAAUCCCACAACUCCUAGCUGCUACAAAUUAUUGCUCAGUGAGACUCAUUCAGUGGUCAAAAUUUGUUGCUGCUAUGAAGUGGACACCAAGCUGCUUUCCCUGUUGCAUCUACCUGUAAAGGAUCCUCACGAUUACUAUUCUCUGGGUGACAUUGUUGCAAAUGGGCAAAGCCUUGAUGGAAGAAUCAUUAAUGUGCUUGCCGCAGUGAAGUCGGUUGGGGAGCCAAAGUACUUUACCACUUCAGACAAAAGGAAAGGUCAGAGGUGUGAAGUAAAGCUGUAUGAUGAAACAGAGUUGUCCUUUGCAAUGAUCUGUUGGGAUAAUGAAUCUAUCCAGUUUGCGCAAAGUUGGAUGCCACGAGAAACAGUAAUAUUUGCAUCAGAGCUGAGAAUAAAUUUUGACAAAUUUAGGAACUGCAUGACUGCAACUGUUAUAUCAAAAACCAUUUUUACAACUAAUCCAGACAUACCAGAAGCGAAUAUUCUUUUCAACUUCAUAAAAGAGAGUGCAGCAACGGGAGCUUUGGAUGAUAUAACUGAGGCUCAGUUAAAAGAAUCCAUAAAUUUGCAGACUAUAGUUGACAUUUAUACUGUGGAGCAGUUAAAGGUAAAAGCUUUGCAGAAUGAGGGAAAGCCUGAACCAGUCUAUGGUAUUAUUUACGCUUAUAUUUCUACAUUGAACAUUGACACAGAUUCAUCUAAAAUUAUACGAAACAGGUGUUCAGGGUGCCACUAUGUGGUCAAUGAAAUGUCAAACACAUGCACUUUCUGCAGUGACAUCUCUUCAGAUGCUAAGUCUGUUUUUACCAGUUUUGAUUUACUAGUUGAUCUUACAGAUCACACAGGCACUCUACGUUCAUGUUACCUCUCAGAUGUUGUAGCUGAGGAAACAUUAAGCUGCACGGUCCAUGAGUUCCUCACUCUGACAGAAGAGCAGAAGACAGCAUUAAAAUGGCACCUUCUUCUGGAACGAAGCAAAAUUUAUUUUAAAUUGGUUUUGUCACCCAGUUUGAGAACCGGAUUGAGAGUGAACUUGCUUUCAUGCAAACUAGCAGAUCCUGUAGAGGCUAGUCAGAGCUUGUCAGGAAAAGGAAGAAAACAACAUUGUUUGGCUUUUUAACAGCUGGAAGGAUUUAAAAAGGUUGUACUGCGUUGAAACGACAUUAUUAUAAAAAAAGAUGUUUGAAUCAAUACUUGUAUUUUGUUAAAUGUAUUUAGAUUGGUAAAAGAGAAACAGGUUUAUUACUGAACUUUACAAAUGGGCCUAUAUCAUCUUGAUAUUUCUGUUUUAUAUUAUUCUACUUAAAAAAGCUGAUUUAGGGGUCAUUUUAGGAAAAAUCUGUCUGCCAUCUAGAUGCACUUUCUGUUGAAUUAAGCCCCUUAAGUAGAGAGGGAAACCAUUUUCAUUCAGUUUAUAAUACAUUUUGAAAAAUGCUCAAAGGAAUAAUAAACAGUUGUUUAAUCUAAGCUGCAAACAUGUUUUUAUUACAAUAUACCCCAUAGGAAAGAAAUUCUAAAACCAUAAUUCUUGAUUUAUUGCAGUAGAUAUGAUCUGUGAUCUUGUAUAGCAUGGGAGAGUAGUGAUCACAAUGCAGUAAAAACAGAAUUCUGUCUCGCCAAAAAUGAUCUUCUGUGACUGAUGGCCCACUGAAGUUCUGUUCUUUCUAGCCAAAGAGGAUAAUCACUCCUUUUUGGGAAAAAUCCCUGUAAUUCUAAACUAUAAAACACAAUAGACCAGUGGUUCUCAACCAGGGGUACAUGUAGAGGUCUUCCAGGGGGUACAUGAACUCAUCUAGAUAUUUGCCUAGUUUUAUAAUAGUCUACAUAAAAAGCACUAGCGAAGUCAGUACAAACAAAUGUCAUACAAUGACUUGUUUAUACUGCUCUAUAGACUAUACACUGAAGUGUAAGUACAAUAUUUAUAUUCCAAUUGAUUUAUUUUAUAAUUACAUGGUGUGACAAAGUUCCUGCUCUGCCUUGGUGGGUCUUGCACUUAUUGGCAGAUUUGCUCACCUUGGAGCUUCACAGCAGCCCUCAGCUUGGCCGUUUUUCUGAAUUCACAGUCCAGGUCGACUCCUCCUGUGUCUGACCAGGAGUUGGGAGGUUUGCAGGGGAACCCGGGCCCACCCUUUCCUCCGGGUUCCAGCCCAGGGCCCUGUGGAAUGCAGCUAUCUAGAGUGCCUCCUGGAACAGCUCUGCGACAGCUACAACUCCCUGGGCUACUUCCCCAUGGCCUCCUCCCAACACCUUCUUUAUCCUCACCACAGGACCUUCCUCCUGGUGUCUGAUAAUGCUUGUACACCUCAGUCCUCCAACAGUCCACACUCUCAGCUCCUCGUGCCUCUUGCUCCCAGCUCCUUGCACGCACCACAAACUGAAGUGAGCUCCUUUUUAAAACCCAGGUGCCCUGAUUAGCCUGCCUUAAUUGAUUCUAGCAGCUUCUUGAUUGGCUGCAGGGGUUCUAAUCAGCCUGUCUUAAUUGUCUCCAGAAGGUUCCUGAUAGUUCUGGAACCUUCCUUGUUACCUUACCCAGGGAAAAGGGACCUACUUAACCUGGGGCUAAUAUAUCUGCCUUCUAUUACUCUCCUGUAGCCAUCUGGCCCAACCCUUUCACAAUAUAUAAUUUUCUCUCUGUAGGAGGGUUUGGUCAUUACCAGAGGAGAAGAGAUGUUAAAUAACCAAAAUUGUGUUCAACGGUAAAAGGCAAUUUAAAAUCAUAAUAAAAUUUCAGCUGCUGUGGCAAAAAACCUUCCUUGUUACCUUACCCAGGGAAAAGGGACCUACUUAGCCUGCUCUCCUGCUGCUACACUCUGGCCUGGGCUUUCCUUGCUUUUUGUCCCUGCUUUCGGCUU